ACCAAUCGUAACACUCCACGAAAAGUGCUGUUGUGUGUAUAUGCAUACGCGGCUUCAAAGCGGAGGAGGCAAGUGUGUGUUCAUCAUCUCCUUCCAAAAAAGGUCUAUUCCUUUCAAAAUUAUUUUUCUUUCAAAAAGACGCCAGGCGACGACGAAACAACUACUCGGCAACGAUCUGCCACGAUGCAGGACAUACCAAUCCGAUUUACAUUACUGUUACUCGGUUUAGCCGGUGUACAAUGCAUGUACUCAUCCAAUUCAGAUGUCGUCGAUCUGACACCAAAUAAUUUUGACAAGAAGGUGAUUGAUAGCGAUAGUAUUUGGAUUGUCGAGUUCUAUGCACCGUGGUGUGGACACUGUCAAUCACUCAAGCCUGAGUAUGAAAAAGCUGCUACUGCUCUCAAGGGUAUUGUUAAAGUUGGUGCAGUCAAUGCUGACAACCACAAAUCUCUUGGAAGCCAAUAUGGCGUCAAUGGUUUCCCAACCAUUAAGAUUUUUGGAGCAGAUAAGAACAAACCUGAGGACUACAAUGGAGCUAGAACUGCAUCAGGUUUGGUUGACGCUGCUCUCAAUGCUGCUUCUCAGAAAGCUCGUAACAACUUGGGCGGUGGCAGGAAGAGCAGUGACUCUAAAUCCUCAUCUGGAUCCAAAGAUAGCAAGGAUGUAAUUGAACUCACAGAUGAGAACUUUGACAAACUAGUCAUGAACUCUGAGGACAUGUGGCUUGUUGAGUUCUUUGCUCCAUGGUGCGGUCAUUGUAAAAAUCUUGCUCCUCACUGGGCCAGUGCUGCUACUGAACUCAAAGGCAAGGUCAAACUUGGUGCUCUUGAUGCUACUGUUCACACUAUUAAGGCUAGCCAAUAUGAAAUUCGAGGCUAUCCUUCUAUCAAAUUCUUUGCACCAGGCAAAAAAGAUUCAGACUCUGUAUCAGAUUAUGAUGGUGGCCGUACCAGCAAUGACAUUGUUACCUGGGCUCUUGAAAAAUUGACUGAGAGUGUACCAGCACCUGAAAUUGUUCAAAUUGUCGAUGAGAAGAGCCUUAAAAAGGCUUGUGAGGAUAAACCUCUGUGCAUUGUUUCUGUCCUGCCACACAUUCUCGACUGCCAAUCUGAGUGCAGAAACAAUUAUCUGUCUAUUUUGAAGACUCUUGGUGAGAAGUUCAAAAAGAAGAUGUGGGGGUGGGUUUGGGCUGAGGCAGGCGCACAACCAAACAUUGAAGAAGCCCUAGAAAUCGGCGGCUUUGGUUAUCCAGCUCUUGCAGCAGUGAACAUAAAAAAAAUGAAAUACUCCCUUCUCAAGGGUGCAUUCUCGCAAAACGGUAUCAACGAAUUUCUUCGUGAUUUAAGUUACGGUCGUGGUAGCACAGCACCCCUUAAAGGCACUGAAUUACCAAAGAUUUACUCACAUGAGCCCUGGGACGGUAAAGACGCUGAACCACCACAGGAAGAAGACAUUGAUUUGAGCGACAUCGAUCUCGAUGAGAAGGAUGAACUUUAAAGACUGAUGAUCGUGCGCUAACCGUACUUAGCUUCACUUCCAGUGCGCAGCGACAUUCCGAACUCUAUUUUUCUACUCUUUGUCACCUAAUCACAUAUCAAUUUUUUUUUGUUUUUACUAUGUUGAUUUUUUUUCUGUGACAAUGAAAAUCUGCAAUACUGUACAUAUACGAUUCUUCAUUCAUCUUUCAUUAUUUUUUGCCGCCUUUUUAGCGCGUCUUCCAGAUGCUCGACAUACUCGAUAGUACAUACAAGUGAUUAUUGUGUUACUACAGAUGUUAAUCAAGUGUGAUGAUAAGAAUCUUUCUUUUGUCAUUAUCAUCAAAUAUAAGUUUUGUCGUAAUGUUACAAAUUAAAUUUUUUUAUUUACAUGUUGGUUCCAAUUUUGUCGAUUAGUUGUCAAUUAUACUUUCGUAGAAUUUUGUAAGUGACAUUAACAUAUUAGAUAUUAUUUAUUUGAAAUAAAUAAAUGGAAAUUUACUACUUUAAA